AUGGCACCAUCAGCAACCGAGACUGUCGUGCCGAUUGUCGAGGAUAUCAAGCAGAAAGCCAUCCCAGGCACCCAAAAGGAAGCUGUACAGGAGAACCAGAGAGUGGAUAGCGGUGCGGUUGGCGCCACGGAUUUGGAGGACGAACUUCCUAAACUUGAAACAGGCCACAAGGAACCCCUAAAGUUGAGCGGUGCCCUGGACCAGUUCGAGCAAUUCGAUGUCACACCUGUAAUCGGAAGAGAAUUUGUAGACGUCGACCUGGCCAAAUGGCUACGUGCGCCGAAUUCAGAUGAGCUUCUCCGCGACCUAGCUAUCACAGUAUCCCAACGGGGUGUAGUAUUCUUCCGUAAACAGGACAACAUCAACAACGACCUACAGAAGGAGCUGGUCCAAAGACUCGGCGAGCUAUCGGGCAAGCCAGCGACCUCAAAGUUGCACAUCCACCCUGUCAUCAACUCCGGGCGCGAGGACGGCGACAAAGACGACGAAAUUAGCACCAUCUCAUCACAACAAGCCAAGAGGCUCUACGCCAAGAACGUCGUAUGGUCCGAGACGAAGCAGUCGCAAAGGAACCAGUGGCACUCCGACAUCACCUUCGAGCCCAUCCCGAGCGACUACGCCCUGCUACGGCUCACGCAACUUCCCAAGACCGGAGGAGACACCCUCUGGGCCUCGGGCUACGAGCUCUACGACCGGAUCUCGAAGCCCGUGCGCGGCUUCCUGGACACGCUGACGGCGCACUACGCGCAGCCGGCCUUCAACGAGACGGCCUCGCGCAACAACUUCCGCAUCUACUCGGGCGCGCGCGGCGCGCCCGCCAACGUCGGCGAGGCCCUCGAGGCCGCGCACCCCGUCGUGCGCACGAACCCCGUCACGGGCUGGCGCAGCGUGUUCGCCGUCGGCCACCACGUCCAGCGCGUCCACGGCCUCUCCGACUUCGAGUCUCGGGCUCUAUUGGACUGGUUCACGAAGCUGGUCGUCGAGAAUCAUGAUCUGCAGGUCCGGCUGCGCUGGCAGCACGAGAAUGACCUGGCGAUUUGGGAUAAUCGUAGCGUGUACCAUGCUGCUACUUCCGAUUACCUGAACCAGGGCCUCGGGGAGCGGUCCGGGUCUCGUGCUGUGAGUUUGGGGGAGAAGCCGUAUUUUGAUCCCCUUAGUAGCAGCCGGAGGGAGGCGUUGGCGGCGGAGGAGGCUGCGAAGAGGGUGUGAUGGGAGAAGAUUUGGGGUUUGUGGUUUGUGGUUAGCGGUUAGCGGUUUGUGGCGAGAGAUUAGGAGUGUGAGCAGCGGUGAAGGAAGGCUUGAAUAUCUUACUUAUUUAGUAGGUAGUAUUACAUACGUACCUACGUUGCCUACCAGGUGUCAAGGGUGACUAUACUAGGUAUGGUUACCCGGAUAGUGGAAGAGAACUACGUGGUAGCUUGCAUUUACAAG